GCUCAGUGUAUGAUCAUAAAAUUUUUGCUUCAGGUAUCAUGCCAUCAGCAGAUCCCGCUAGUUUUGUGCAACCAGGAGCAGAUUUUACCCGAAUUACUCCUAUUGAUCAGAAAAUUAGCGUGACCUUGAUAAAUGAAUACAUAAGUAAUACAGCUCAAUUUUUGUCUGAUCUCUUAGCAUCGACAGAUGCCAAAUUGAACGCUAUUCAAACGAGAACUGAAAACUGCUCAGCAUUAAUUUCAAUUUUGGAUGCAAAACUCGACUCAAUUGGUGUCACCAGCGGAGGGGUAAAUUCAAUGUCUAGUGAAAGAGGUACUACAGCUGAACCCGAAAUAGCAGAGGUGCCAUUAAUGACUGAUGAAGCUCCAAAUGAUGAUCUAUUGGUCGAAGGCGAAAAUGAGGAGCCCCAAGAGGAUGUAAUUGAAAAACCACAAUUCGACCCAGAGUACAAGCGUUAUGUGAAGAUGCUCAAAGUUGGAAUUCAUCCUCUGCAGGUGCGAAUGAAGCUAAUCAACGAGCAAAUGGAUCCCGACCUUAUUGUCAGCAAAGAUGGAACUGUAUUAAUAAAUGUACAACAAGUGUACGAGAGUUUGCCUGACCCGCCCCAGGACGAUGAUUCCGAUUAACUUGACGCUUUAUUUCAAACAUAUAUGUUUUUAUUCAUAUCAUUCAUUUGAUGUUUAGUUUAUACCAAAAAAUGUUUA